UUUCCUUCACAGCAAACGCGCAAACGACGAAAGCAUGAGUUGCAUGUUUGGUGGAUAAAAUUGCGUAUUGGGAAGGAAUAACAAUCUUUUUCUUAAAUCUCCAUGAAUCACAAUUGCUCCGUCAGUUACCGGGGAGCUUUUUGCUGAAGAGUUUGAUGCGAAAGUCACACUACAAUAUUAUUCAAACUGAGGACGUAUGAGGCCACAAAAACAUUUUUCUUCACAGUUUCAACAGACCACCUCCAAAUCUCAGGCCUGUUGAAAAUUUCUAGGGCAGAUCUGUGUAAUUUGGAAAUCAAUUUGGUCCUUUUUCUACUUAGGUUCAAUAUGGUAAUGCUGAAAAGGGUUUACAUAAGAUAUGGUGAUGCUAGAUCUAGUAAUGAGCUUUAAGAGAUAGAAGCAGAGUUCAGUGCAUAAAGUACUUGGAGAUAUCUGUAAUUCUCAACCACUGGUAGCUUUAACUUCCAAAGAGUUGAUUGGAGUCGAAAAUAUGACCCUAUAAAUAUCAAACCAAUUCGCUUGCAGGCCUUGGCCAUCAGGAAUGCAAUGUUGCCUUUGUGUAAGCUCUUGGAAAGUUGUAACUAUUUUGUUUAGUUUUAAUUUAGACAACAUAUCUUUGGAGAUGUUAAUGACAACUUGAGCUGCUACUUGAAAGUUGACAGUUGGAGAUUAGUUCUCAGCAGCUGCUUGUGGAAUUUUGCUGAGCCUCCGGUACCAUGGUUUAUAUUUUGUACAGUAUUCAGUCAAUGCUCUUGACAAACGUUGCUGAUUAAGUUUUCAUGAGCAUUGCACAUAGUUAUUCAUUUAUCUAUAAGUUGGUAGAACAGAACACGACCUGCUAUAUUGGAAUCUAUUCUAAAUAUUACCAGUAUUGAGUUCACUGAAAAGGGUAGCUUUUCUUUAUUGAGAAGAAAGAGUGAAUGGAUAGAGAGAACUGAGACAAUGUUAUCUAGCAUUCCACAAGUCUUCCCCUUUUUCAGAAAAUCACCUCUCGAAAGUACUUUUUCUACAAUUAGCAGUUUGGAAAAUGACAGUGUAUCUGCUCUCACAUUGAAAGUGAGCACAGAUCGGGAAGCUUACAGGCCUGGAGACUUAAUCAUUGCCACAGUAGAAAUACACAAUGCAAAUUGUUUGGUUGAAAGUGGUGGACAAACGGAGAUUGGUGUAGAUGUCAGAGAUGCAGUUCAAAUUGAAAAGAUAAUUGUUGAAGUAAAAGGGAUUCAAAAGUUUGAUACACAAUGGGUCAUCACACAAAAACCAUCACCAGGAUCAAAACAAAGACGUGGGGAACAUGCAAUCUUUGCUUCGACUCCAACUUCCAUUGUCUCUAACAUGACACUUGGUCCUGGAUGCAUUAAAACAUAUAUGAUACGUGCAGCACUACCAAAUGCUAUUCCACCAUCAUUCAGGGGUACUGUUGUACGCUACUUAUACUAUCUUGUGGUGACUCUACAUGGAAGGCAUGUUUCCAUUAACAACGACCAAAGUCCCAAUCAUUCAAGGUCAUUGCAUGUGCAAGCCAGAAAUCCAUUAAAUAUAUGGAGUGCUCCUAAUAAUAACAGCAUAACAAAUGAGGAGGUGCAGAGCAAGGACUAUUUUGAAGCGGAAGGUGUUGUCCCUAAAUCACUACCACAUGUGGAAAUUUUCUGGAAGGAAAAGGAUGAUGAUUCUGAAUGGUCUAGGGCAGAUGAAAUAAUUUGUGCAAUUGAAGAUGACUAUGGUGGAAAUAGUAACGUAAAAGGAAAUCUGGAUCUCGUUUCUGAGCGCUCCUCAGUUUUGCAAUCACCUCUAGCUACACCAAGAAGUUCCAGUCGUAAUGAACAAUAUGGAUUUGGUUCUUUUAAAAAGCCUCCUCAGUUAACAGCGUUAUCUUCAGAAGCAGUCUAUGAUACUGGUGGAAGUGCAUUAUUGCAACGUGGAAAUCUUGCUGACAGACCUUCUUUCAGAAGAAAGACAAGUCAACAGAAUGCAACUUUUAGCACUAUUGAACCCGUAAUUGGAGCUUUUCCCUCUGAAUCCUUUCUACGAGGGCGAUCAUACAAUAUCAGAAUGGAAGAUCAAGUUUUAGUUCGAUUCUCUCCAAAGAAUUCUGAUGCAACUUACUACUUUGGUGAUACGAUUGGAGGAGUUCUCACAUUUUUCCAUGAAGAAGGUCCAAGAAGAUGCCUUGAGGUGUCUGUAACACUGGAGAAUAUGGAAACUGUUAGUCCAGCUUUCAUCCAUUCUUCUCGGAAACACUCUCCGAUUAUUACAAAGAUUCAAAGCGAUUACCAUGAAGUUGUCGCAAACAUUGUGCAGACACAUUUUAUGUUUUCUAUUCCCAUAGAUGGACCAAUGUCUUUCUCUACACCUCAUGUUUCCUUACAAUGGGUUCUUCGUUUUGAGUUUAUAACUACAUCCAAACAUGUGGAUUGGAGACAGUAUGAGCAUCCCCUUCUUAUAGAGGAAAGAGAGAAAGGCGAAUGGGUUUUGCCUAUUAGUGUCCAUUCACCUGUUCCACGAACUCAUGUAACUUCUGCCAGGAAAGAAAGACCCUUUUCUCCAAAUAGUUUCUGGGUUGGCUCUCCAGGCUCAGCUGGAAGAAGCCAAAUGCAAUCAUCUUUUCUUUCGAGAUGGGAGACAUCAAAUGGAGGGGAUGUCACGGGAAAUUUUAUUGGCUAAAAGAGUGAACAUUAUGGUAGGACAGCUGUCACUAUCCUUUCAGUGGUCACACAGCUUUGGUGUUUGAGGUUGGCAUUCCCAAACAUUGGACAGACACACCAUACCCAUUGGUAUAUGAUGUCCUACAUGCAGGCAACUGAGUUUUCUUAAUAAAUGGAUGAGUCCAUUUUCUUCUUCAAAAUCCGAUCCCUUUUGUCCUUGUACAUUAUAUUUACCACUUCUAAUGAGUUUCCAGAAAAUUUAAAAACCAUGUAUCAGUUAUUUUUUCUGAUGAUUAUUUCUUCUGGCCUAACACGACAAUCUGUUUGGUCUUCUAAUAUAGUCCAAUGCCAGUAUGUACACGUGGUCGCAAUAUUUUUCUCCAACUCAGUUGCAGGAGAUGGAUGUCUUCUACAUGUGGAUCAGUUAAACAAUUUUGGGAUAUUGUUUUCUUAAUGAAUCAAACAUUGAGAGAUCUGUUGCCAAUAUUAUAAUCUUAAUUUUUUUUA